AUGAGUUAUACUGACAAUCCUCCUCAAACAAAGAGAGCUUUAUCGUUAGAUGAUUUGGUCAAUCACGAUGAGAACGGAAAGGCUAAACUACAAAAACUAAACGAAGCGGCUGACGCGACCGCACAACCACGUAUCGGCAGGGAUGAAGAAACUAGUUCGAACCAAGUCCUUGCAGCAACUGAAACUGGUAAGGCUAAUAUAGAUCACGGGCCCCACCCAGUAAGACCCAAACAACGCAAGUCACCGGGCGAUGAUGAAGAAACCGACACGGAUGAUGAUGUGGGUACGACUGGGGAGAUUAACUUCGAUACAGGAAUGGAUUUUGAUUACGACAAACAACAUAGAGGCCUUUCCCCCAAUGGUUUACCUCUCACAGAUGCAGCCACUGACGCCGAGGAUAAAUUAGAAAAAUCUUCCAAUAUUACGACACUUCCUAAUGUGAAAACAGACAAUGAAAGGGAAAUACCGAAAAAAAUCAACGACGGGAACACUGGAAACAAUAACACAGGCCAAAUGCAACCACAGGACCAGAAGAAAUUUGAAGAGAAGCCAGGAAGAAAUGGAAUUAAGAUGGAAGAAGAAAAAAACACAGCGGUCAACAAUAUUUUUGAAGAAAAAGCUACCUUACAAUCCAAGAAAAACAACAUUAAAAAGGAUUUAGAAGUACUAAAUGAAAUAUCUGCAUCCUCGAAGCCCAGCAAAUAUAAAAACGUUCCAAUUUGGGCACAAAAAUGGAAACCCACUAUCAAAGCUUUACAAAGUAUAGAUGUGAAAGAUCUCAAGAUUGACCCAUCUUUCUUAAACAUUAUUCCCGAUGAUGAUUUAACGAAGUCAGUACAGGAUUGGAUCUAUGCCACGAUAUAUUCCAUUGCGCCCGAACUGAGAUCAUUCAUCGAAUUAGAGAUGAAAUUUGGCCUUAUCAUUGAUGCGAAGGGCCCAGAUCGUGUAAAUCCACCUGUUUCUUCGCAAACUGUUUUCACUGACCAGGAUGCUCACCUAACCCCAACUAUCGACGAGUCUCUGUUCAAAGAACUGAGUAAGUAUAUCCGUGGUAUCAGUGAAGUCAGUGAGAAUAUUGGUAAGUUCAGUAUUAUUGAAUCUCAAACAAGAGAUUCGGUAUAUAGAGUCGGAUUAUCCACACAAAGACCAAGGUUCUUGAGAAUGAGCACUGAUAUUCAAACAGGUAGAGUGGGGCAAUUUAUAGAGAAACGACAUGUGGCCCAACUGUUAUUAUAUUCCCCAAAGGAUAGUUACGACGUUAAGAUUUCUUUGAACUUAGAACUACCUGUACCUGAAAAUGACCCACCAGAGAAAUAUAAAUCACAAAGUCCGAUCAGUGAAAGAACAAAAGACCGUAUAAGUUACAUUCACAAUGAUUCUUGUACAAGAAUUGAUAUUACCAAAGUGGAUAACCAUAAUAAAGGUCCAAAAAGUAGACAGUCGGAAACUACUCACGAAGUCGAAUUGGAAAUCAACACGCCCGCAUUGUUGAACGCUUUUGACAAUAUAACCAAUGAUAGUAAAGAAUACGCAUCUCUCAUCAGGACGUUUCUAAAUAAUGGUACAAUUGUCAGAAGAAAGUUAUCUUCUUUAUCAUAUGAAAUUUUUGAGGGUUCAAAGAAGGUUAUGUGA